AUGAGAACUUUAAAUAAAAACUUGCAGCCUGAUAAAAUCGCUGCAGGCUGGAGGUUUAAGUUCGCCCUCACGCAGUACAGUAGCAAACCCCGAACCGAGUUCCACCUCAACACCUACCCAACCCUUGGCGGCGGCACCCGGACCGGCCUGGGCCUGGACUUCCUGAUCCGAACACACCUGACAUCUGCGGCGGGGAGCCGCGCGGCCGACGGGGCGGCCCAGGUGGUGCUGGCGCUGACCGACGGGCGCUCGCAGGACGACGUGGCCGAGCCGGCCCAGGCGCUGCGCAUGGCGGGCGUGGAGGUGUUUGCGGUCGGCGUUUAGGACGCGGUGGACUGGGAGCUCUGGGAGCUCUGGGAGCUCACAUGUUCAAUGUAGACUCCUUCCUCAAGUUGCGGGAUAUAAUUCAAGAUUUGGUAGUGAGUGUGUGGUGCAGUGAGCCGGGUGGGGGGCCCUCCGCUGGCCAGUGAGGCCCCAGUGGCUGGACGAGGGACAGGUAACCAACGGUCCCACCUCAACUACCACACUAACCUGCACACAUGUGCAGGAAGAAGCUGCUGCUGAGAUCAGGAACCUCCUAUUAACACCACCCAGUUUUUAAUUCCAUUUUAGCACCAUAACUUUUCCACCUGCAACAUUAACCUGAUGCCGAGUGCAACUCAUACUUUCCUGGUGCUAACAGGUUAUUUUCUGCAACUAACAGUUACUUUUACAGAGUUUACAUGACACGGAAAUUACUGGGUCAUUUUCCAAAACUUACAGAAUAAUUCCCAAAACAUUUCAGAGGAACGGAGCUGAAGUGACUUCAACGUCCUUCAACCAGAACCCAUAAGGUCUCUAAACGAAGUCCGGUUCCGGUACUGGAACUGACAGAAAAUGAG